AAAUGGAAAGGACGUAAACAGAAAAUUACUAUAAAUUUAAUUAAAAUAAUUAUACCUCUCUAAUCAUGAGUAACCGUAAUCCAAAUACAUUGAUGAGUGUCCCGGACGAACAGUUUGACUAUCUAUUUAAAAUUGUGUUAAUCGGAGACUGUGGCACAGGAAAAACAUGCAUUGUGCAACGAUUGAAAUCAGGGAAUUUUAUUGAAAGGCACGGGAAUACGAUAGGCGUUGACUUUUCUAUGAAAACACUAAUAGUAGACGGAAAGAAGGUCAAGCUACAAAUAUGGGAUACGGCCGGCCAGGAGCGCUUCAGAACAAUAACCCAGAGCUAUUAUCGUUCCGCAAAUGGAGUAAUUAUUGUAUAUGACAUUACAAAGCGUUCAACAUUCUUAUCUCUCCAAAAAUGGAUUGAAGAGGUGAGAAGGUAUACAUCGUCAAAUGUGAUAGUCUCACUGAUUGGAAACAAGUGUGAUUUGGCACAGCAACGGGAAGUUGAGCCCGAUGAACCAAAAUCCUUCUGCCGCUAUGUGCCUGAGAUUAUGUUUGUUUUGGAAACAUCGGCAAAAGACAACACCAAUGUCGAGGAUACAUUCCGGAGCUUAGCCACAGAGUUAAAGAGGCAACAUGACAACAGUGAAGGGCCCCCGGCAGAGUCCGACUCAGUAGUUCUCGGAGAGAGCCACUCCGUAAGCCGGUGUCAACCUUGUCGCUCCUCUUAGAUAUAUCAGGUAUUUUAUAAGAAAACAUUGUCACAAUCUAGGCUAUGUAAUUUGAUACCGUUGAAUAUUCAG